AUGCACAGAACUUACUCAAUGAGAUCUUCAAAGGCUCCAACAGCCUCGCAAUUGCAAGCACCACCACCACCACCAUCGUCCACCAAGAAUAGGUUUUUUGGUGCUGGUGGGUUGUCUUCUUCGAUUAGAAAAGCUGCUGCUGGUGCCACUGGUCCGGAAUUGUCUAGAAAGUUGGCUCAGUUUAUCAAGAUGGAAAAGAACUUGAUGAGAUCUAUUGAGGUCACUUCGAGAGAAAGAAAAGAUAUUGCUAGACAAUUGAGUGCUUGGGGUGAAGAGAAUGACGAUGAUGUUUCUGAUGUCACUGAUAAAUUGGGGGUUUUGAUUUACGAGAUUGGUGAAUUGGAAGACCAAUACAUUGAUAAGUAUGAUCAAUACAGAAUUACUUUGAAGAGUAUUAGAGAUAUUGAAGGUUCAGUGCAACCAUCAAGAGAAAGAAAACAAAAGAUUACUGAUGAAAUUGCUCAUUUGAAAUAUAAGGAUCCCCAAUCCCCCAAGAUUCCAGUUUUGGAGCAAGAGUUGGUUAGAGCUGAAGCUGAAUCUUUGGUUGCUGAAGCUCAAUUGAGUAACAUUACUAGAGAACAAUUGAAGGCUGCUUUCAACUACCAGUUUGAUGCUACUAGAGAGUUGGCUGAAAAGUAUGCUUUAAUUGCUGGUUAUGGUAAAGCUCUUUUGGAAUUGUUGGAUGAUUCUGCUGUUACUCCUGGUGAAACCAGACCAGCUUAUGAUGGUUAUGAAGCUUCUAAACAAAUUAUCAUUGAUGCUGAAAAUGCUUUGGCUUCAUGGACUUUGGAUUCUGCUGCUGUCAAGCCAACAUUGUCUUUACAUCAUGAAUAUGAUGAAGAUGAAGAGCCGGCUGAAAUUGAUGAUGCUGCUCAACAAGAAUUUGCCAAACAUGAUGAACACAAUGGUGAACAUGCUGCUUAG